GGAAAACACUUCGAGAUUUUGAAAAUUGUUCAAAUCAAAAUGGCGACUCUGAGCAGUGUACGAAUAUCUUUUGCCAAAUCUUUAAAUCUGAUGCGUUGUGUUGUAUUUGGUAAGUAUUUGGAAGCCUUUAAUGUGUGUUUUUAACCUAAUUUUUAUUUUUAACAUGAUAUAAAAAUAUGCAUAAUUAAAUAAAAAUAUGCUGAAUGUAGUGUACAAACGGUAAGCUAUAAAGUAAUUGCAUAUGUACAUGUACAAAAUCAAGUUAUAGCAGAACGCAUUUGCUUUAUAAGCCUACAUGAAAAAUCCUCCCAACAUUAUCAAUUUUCCUUUGCGCCACCUCCUGAGCUUUAAAAAAUGGACCCCCACUUUGUUUGGAUGGUUGUAACAAUGUUUUGAAUAAUUAUUUUUUGUAUACAUUUGACUGGAAAUUGCUGCUGCGGGAAAAGGCUAACUUAGAUUGCAGAAUAGCUUGAAUUUGAGGCUGAUAUAAAUUAAUUAUGUGCUCCUAUUUAAGUUUUAUGAUUAACUCAUUGUCAAACUCAUUGUCAGCCUUCAAACCAUUGUCUCGCAUCUUCUCAACUAAAUUUGGAAAGUGUGCAUUGAUUAACAAUUUGUAUGGUAUAUAUUUUUAGGUUCACAGAAAGUACGAUUAUGUCAUAAUCAGAAUGGUGGUCAGGAUGGUGAUAAGGCAACCUCAGGAAAUAAGUUAGUAUGAAAAAAAACUAUUCAAUAUAUGGUUUUUAGUUUAACCUAAGUUCAGAUCAACUGCUUUGAAACUUAUAUUGCAACAUAUGAAACUAAACUAAUAAAAAAGUGAAUUUAAAGCUGACAACCCUGAUCUUUGAUCCAUAAUAUAUUUGACUAUUAUUUCUUUGUAGCAACCAGUCAGAAAACACAAGUGAUGAAAAAGAUGAAACAACAUAUGAUUACACAUCUGACGAAGGCUCUGACGAAGGUCUUGAUGACGAGAGCAUCAGUGAACGUAUCCUAACAGCUGCCCUGCAGUUUGUGCCUGAAUAUGGUUGGACCGCUCAGGCAAUAGUCGAAGGUGCAAAGAUUGAGGGAUUCUCUGGUAUGGCUGAGGGCAUGUUUCCAAGGGAGGGUGGUGAUCUGGUGUUGCAUUUUAUAAACAUGUGUAACCUGGAUCUCGGCGACUACUUGGCUGAUAACUCAAGAACACAAGAGGAAAUCAGGAAAACCAUGUAAGAUAUAUUAUGUGGCAGCACUCUCCCCUUUAGGAGUAAAAUUACAUAGCAUUAGACUGUAACAUAAGAUAUCUCUUGAAUGUGUCUUGAUUACAUGUUAGAUGUUUUUGUUUAUAAUUUUUACAUAGCAUUAGACUGUAACAUAAGAUAUCUCUUGAAUGUGUCUUGAUUACAUGAUUAGAUGUUUUUGUUUAUAAUUUUGUUCUGUUUGUGUUAGUGGUCAGAAUGAUUUUAUCAAAAACGCUGUUGAAGUUCGACUAAAAAUGAUAAUACCUUACAUUGAUUCAUGGCCUCAGGUAUAUAUUUAGAUAAUUUUUAAUACUAAUAAUAAUAAAUUAAGUACAGGUAAUUAUAGUUCUCUAAUUAAUGUGUACUGUACGUAUUUUCUGAAGGCAAUGAGUUUAAUGGCCUACCCAUCAAAUGCUGUUGAUGCUUUCCAAAGUGUAGCAAACAUGACAGAUGAUAUAUGGUAUCAUUCCAAUGAUACGUCCACUGAUGUAAGUACACCAGUGUUGUUUUUUUUUGCAAGGAAACAUGCACUGCCAACUGCUUAAAUACAUUAUUCUGAUUUCAAUUAGAGUUUCUUGCUGGCUAAAGUAUGAAAGAAGCAAGAAACGGAUCGGCUCACACUGGGUAGCCUGGGGGAGGUGUAUGUCCUUAUAGACAUGCAUGUGCAGUGUAUCGCAUUCUUUGUCUUUUUGCUGCCAAAGUGCAAGUCCCACCCAAUGAUAAUGUAGAGCACAUUGAUGUUAUUUACUUAAUUGAUAAGGUUUUCAUAAUGUAUGAUAGAUUGUAGUUGUGAUGGUCAAUUAUAAUAAAGGCACUGCUGCACUUUGCCGUGGUGGCUAGCAUCUUGGCAACCCAGUGUGAGAAGUUUAUUCUCAUAUUAUUUCUAUAACCUGCAGAUAAGCUGGUAUACAAAACGAACUUCUUUGGCUGCUAUAUAUGGUGUGACAGGUGCGUUUUGAUAUGCAUUGUAAAGUUUAGUAAUACUAAAAGCUUGUAGCUGCAAGAGAUUCACAGGUUUUGCUGUAUUACAGAGUUAUACAUGGUACAAGACAAAUCACAAGAGUUUGAGGACACAUGGAUGUUUUUGGAUCGAAGAUUUCAGGAUAUCAGAAACACAAGUAGCAUGAAACAAUGUGUAAGAUUUGCCAAAUGACUCAACUUUUAUUCUAUUUUCAAGUUUCUAAAUGAAAUUCCACAACAUUUUAGUGUGAUAAAGCUGGUGAAGAUAUAGCAAAUCUGGCAUGCUCGACAUUAACUCUGGUAGGCAAAACUGCAAGGUUUAACACAUUAAGCACUUACCUAGCACUCUCCCUUUGACAAGAAAAAUUGUCUAGCAGUGUAAAAUAAUAAAGUAGAGCACAUUGUCACUUCCAGGUAAACCCAUUAAAUUAAGUUGCAUUGCUGAUUGCUUCCGAACAUCCCUAUGCGCCCUACUUUAUUACUUUACUCUGCCUAAUGCCAUAUUGAUGGAUUUGGUUUUAAUUGUCAAGGGACCAGCACUCAAUUGGUUAAUCAGACUAUCUGCCCAUAUCAAUAUUUUGUUGGCAUUUCACUCGAUUGAAUAGUUGAAGGGUACGUUUGUUGGAAACCAACAACCCUUAAACUAAACUAUUAUCUGCCCAUAUGUCUAGUUAACCCAUUCAGUUCCAUUAUGCCUACUUUAUGAUUUUAUUCUGUCUAACACCAGACAAUUUUACUCAAUCUAAUGCCAGAUGAUUUUACUCAAGAGGAGAGCGCUGGUGCUCAAUGGGUUAAAAUCAUGUGAAUAACCGUAUUAUAACAAAGGUGUGUUACAUCAUACACGUCAUCACUCUUUUGCAUAUAGGUUCGAAAUAUUACUGGAUUCAAUAAAUGGAAUCGUUAAGUCUGUAAGGUUACAUUACCUUGCUUCAGAUUUGAAGAAAAUUGUUGAAAAAGUAAUCCGGUAAGAAAAUGACAAUUGGAGAGUUGGAAGAAAUAGGCAAUUCAAGGUGUCUGCAGGGAGUGAAUGUGUAAAUAAAUGGGAAAAGGGCACCUGUAAAUUUAAAGUUUUUCAAAGGUCUAUUACAAAUGAUCGUAACGAAAAUAACAACACCAAUGACAAAGAUUCAGACACUGGCAUAAAAAAACAAUUGAAAGCAAAAUUAUUUAUUUCUUAUUGCUUUCUAGAGGGCAUCUAUUAUUAAAGUAUUAUUAAUUUUUUUGGAUAUCUUUAAUAUCUAUUUUAGUUCAUGAUGAGCAAACUCAUUUGUCAAACAUUGUCAAUAAUAUAGUGUUAGUACUAAGCUUACCCAGCCAGCCAGAUAGCCAAUUAGUUCAAAAUGUACUAAGUACUGAUCACUGUUAAUAGCCUUCAGACAUUGGCUAUGUUACUAUUUACAUUUACCAUAUAGAAUAAACUACACCUAUCACAAGCCAAGUUUAAAUUAAUCCUAUAAUUUGAAUACGAUGUGUGAAACACAAUUUAUUCACUCGGUUUCGCAUCAAAAUGGUUUUUCCCAAGGAAUCUUUUCAUUAUGCCGGGCAAAGGCAUAUCACUAAUGUUCUCCAAUGUAAAAUGCUGACGGAUAAUGAAACGACAAAGAUGCUGCAAUGUACAAACGUACUCGAACCGAGAAAUUGGUUUCGUAAGCCGUACUGGGAAUGUUGCACCAUUGAGAGCACGUCCUUUGGUAUAACAGUAAACACGCUCUUUCGAUGUUUCCACACAGUUGUCUAUCAGUUCCACGACAGAUGAAAAACUUCCAGCGCUGAUGAAUGGUGCAGAGUAAAAACUAAACUUCCCUUUGCAAAAUUCAAUUCUAGUAUGCAAUGUUUUUUGUGCCGAACGGAAACUUAGGCUGAGGAGGUAACGAUUAUCGUUACUGUCCCUAACGAGGAAUGCACCAUCGGGUUUCCCAUGAAGCUUCACUUCUGCCUCCUUACUGCUUAACGGACCCCAGUACCAACCGCACUUACAUAAGUCGUUAAGUCCGUUUAGAAAUUGAUAAUUGAGGUUUAACUUUGAUGGUGAUGGCAACGACUGUGAUCGCAAACUUCUCACAUCAGGUUUUGCCCCCGAUGGCGGUUGUACCCACUCCUCGUUGCUGGAAUCCUCGCUAGACGUAUCGCUUGGUAACCUAGGGUUACACCCAGCUAGGCCAGGUAAGGGGACGUACCCCCGUGAAGGUGCAGGGAGGGACAUAGAUUUGCCAUGUUGGAAACGCUCUUUCCUGCUAUUUACUGAACCAUUAGUAUUUUCUAGAUUUCUAUCAUUACCGCCCCCACAAAACUUAACGGAACCAUUUUGUGACCCAAUAUCCCCUCUUCCAUUCGCUUCACUAUGCCAGCUGUUUCUCAACGACAUACGGCCAUGAUUUUUACUAUGUUCACCGUUCUCAAACCGAUUGUUUGCCAUAUUUGUAGCUUCCCCGCUGACGUUUUGAGCACUAGAAUUAGCAAAAGGAACUUCGUAUAUAUGUCCUUCGAAAUAGUCGUCUUCCUCGAAGCUUUCAGGCCUACCGUUCGAAUUAUCUUGUCUAGAAGCCAUUUUACUAGCUUCUUCACUUGUAUUUCUCCUGCUUUUUCGCAAUAUUUUCUUUUUAAAACGUUUCAGUACUGUGUCAUGUUGGUUCGUCUUGCAUGGAGUGUCGUCUUUGCUCCGGUUCACUGCAAUUUGAUCGCAAGGUUUAUCGUUGUUUUCCUCAAACUGAUAACGAUUUUCGAUAUCUCCGUGUUCUCUUUGACCAUUUCGUCUUUCCUCCGUGGUAUUGGACUCAUCAAAGUCGUCUUUAUUUUGCAUUUUUAUUUAGUCUGAGUUUAAACGUAAAAGGAAGUUUCUGGUUUCAUGUUUUUGUUUCUAAAUACGAGUUUGAGACCCAGGGCAAUGAACCCUAUACUGCAAUAAACGCCGUAAAUAGCGAAAUAUUGCGGAUAAACGCGACGUUUUCCACAAAACAGUUAUAUUUAUGACCAUGCCAGUUCAGAAAGGAAGUUUAACGCCCUUUGCAUGACAUAACAUAAGAAUAAUGCCGUCCUGUCACGUUCAAAUGAUCUGCCGGUGCCGGCCAGGCUGCAUGUUUAACAUUUACAGUAUGGUUCUGUUUUUAUGGUUUUGUUUUAUCAUCACUCGAAUACAAAGACCUCUGAUGAUCUCGGGGGUGUAGAAAUGAAUAAAAAUAGCUGAGUAGUAUUAAUAGGUAGUAUUAAUAAUAGAAACCGUUCCGUCAAAC